UGGAAUCAGGGCGGGGUUUGCGCAGGUGAUCACCGCACAGGUGUAAGAGUGUGGAAAUGUGCGUGCUGAAGAACAAGUUGUUUGAGCUACCCUACGCCGUUACUUUGGCUCGGCUCUCGACUCUGCUCUGGGAUGGAUCGCAGCUUCGUGGGGAACUGCCCGCCAUUAUUCUUCCUCGCCCUCAUUUUUGACGUUAUUGGUCUGAUUGUACUGUUGGUCGGAAUUUUCGGAAACCUUAAGCUGGAAGGCCGCUUCUAUGGAGAUUUCCUCAUCUACACGGGCUCUCUCAUCAUUUUUCUCAGCUUAGUGUGGUGGGUACUGUGGUACACGGGAAACGUACAGCUUUACUCGGCUGACAGGACGAACUCUAUCAACUUAAGGCACUGGGCCAGGAAACUGUCCGAGAGGCUGUCCGUGAGCGGCAAGAAGCCCAUGGAAGCAGAUGACUUCAAGAAGAAAAGCAUGGGGAACGGGAAAGAGAUGAGCGGCACUGUGCGUGCGUCUGCGCCGCCUCGGGUUAUGUGGGAAGGUGGCAACUUAGUCUUGUCCGGCCAUGACAACAAAGGCUUUGAUGGAGGGACUGAGUGCGCAUCCCUAGCAUACAAAAACAUGGAGCUGGGGGUGCUGAGGAGCUCAGAUGUGGGUCUGCAGGCACAGGAUUGCAAACCAGAGAGGCUGCUCUGACAGAUCAUGGUGAUGACCGACUUUCCCAUUGUUUUGAAGGGUGGCUCUCACUCCUUCACCAUGCCUGUGCCACAUUCAACAAACUCCAACAAACUGAAAAACCUGAGCCGAUGUCACUUUUUUUAAAAAAUAUUAUUAAAUAGGGAAGACCGUUUCUUAAUCAGGGAGGAGCCCCACAUCCACAUUAAGGAGACGGGCUGAGCACAUUGGAAGAAAAAGUCUUGGACUUAGUAAAAAACAAUUUUUUGGUGGUUGUUUUUUUUUUUUUUUUUUUUUGUGCACCGUUUUCAUGACAGAUGUCAAUUAUUUUUUCAGAAUAAAGUUUAUUUGAAUGUA